UGAGCCCAGGAAAAACUGCCUGCCGGCUCCACUUCCGCAGUAUCCAUCCAUCUCGCCCCGCAGCUGUGCUCCGAAGAAAAAAUCUCGCCCCGCAGCCAGACCAAACCCUCGCCGGCCGGCGCAGAUGGGAGCACCCAGCGGCGGCGCUAUCGCCGAUCCUCUCUUCGCAGUUCGCGAGACACGCAUCUGAUUGGCCGCUCGUUUCCUCCCCGGAGAUGGCGACGGGAUCCAUGGAGGCGGCCCUCAUGACCGAUCCGACAAUCAAGGUCCCCGACGACCUCCUUGUCGAGGUCAUCUCCCGCGUGCCGUACAAGUCCACCUGCUGCUGCAAGUGCGUCUCCACGCGCUGGCGGGACCUCAUCUCCCACCCCGACCACCGCAAGAAGCUUCCCCGGUCGACCCUCGCCGGCUUCUUCCACACAACCUCCGCCACGGGCGACCAUGGUUACCUAAGCGUCUCAGGAAGCUGGUGCCCUCAUGACGCCUCCCUCUCGUUCCUGCCCGAAUACAAGAGCCUUCAAAUCUUGGAUGGCUGCAACGGCCUCCUCCUCUGCCGAGGCCGGAAGUCGUCUGUCCCAGAGACACUGGAUGACCCCAAGACGCUGGAUUACGUGGUGUGCAAUCCGGCCACCGAGAAAUGGGUAACGGUGCCCGCCACCAAGUGGUCCUGGUUGGUGGACAGCGCUUGCCUUGGAUUUGACCCGGCCGUCUCCUCACAUUUCUAUGUGUUCGAGUUGGUACCCGCCCUUGCUUGGACUUGGUAUAAGAGGGAUGAUUAUAGCAUUGAAGCGGUGGGGAUCUACUCUUCCAAAGAUGGAGUCUGGACACAUCCAACUGUUUUGGACAAUCCAAUUGAGAUAUUCUACUUGUCAGGUGGUGUGUUCUUGAGCGGAGUAUUGUAUUUAUGUUCUAAUAAUAAUUCAGUUACAACCGUCGACCUGGAGGGAACUUGUAGGAGCAUUCCUAUUCCCACUUCACAUGAUGCUCCUGGUGGUCCUGAUGUCUAUGUAUCACGGGGACAAUUGUAUCUCACAAUUCAAGGUGCUUCUGAACUGUCUUUCUGGGUUCUUGAAGAUUCUAUUAGUGAAAAUUGUUGGACCCUGAAGCUCAAUAUCAGCUACUUGCGACUGUUUGGAAUAGACUAUUCAAGCUCUGGGCGAUUUUACGGUGUUAUCUCAGCCCAUCCAGAACACAAUGUGAUAUUCAUAAUCAAAGAAUUUAUAUCGAGAUGCCGAUCACUGAGAAAAUUAUAUUCAUAUGAAAUGGAUUCUGGGGAACUGCAUUUCAUAUGUGACCUUCCAAGGAAUUCCAGGUUGCCUUAUCUUUCCUAUGUUCCUUUGUUCUCGGAGUCAUUAGCAGACGGGCACUAAAUGCCUUGUGUAUUGGAGCCUCACAAUUGUCAAUCUUUCUGAUGGUACUAGAGUUACAUUAAUGGUACAAGCAGGGAAGCAAGUGAUUUGGGCAGAGCUUCAUGAAGUUGUGAUAAAGCGGUUGGUGCUUGACUGCACUCAUGUACUGGACUUAUGGAGCUAGCUAGCUAUUUAGUAAACUUUGUACUCUGUUUGUGUUCGAGUGGCCAUUUAUAGCAGCCACGCAGGCGUAACACCCUACUACUUAACUAUGGAUAUUUUACUGUUUUCUUGGAACUAUUAUGAAUAUUUUAAUAUCUACGUUCUUCUCUCUGCUUA